AUAAUGGCGGCUCUAUUUUUCAUUAGAAGAUUAUUUGUAAUCGUAAAUAAACAAUUUUUAUACAAAAUAUAAGUGAAGUUCAUAAUAACAAUUGCCUUUUAACUUAAACAUAAAUAGCGUAUCGAUUAAAUUACAUCGUAAUCAAUUAUCAACACGUAAUAAAUGUCAUUUAGCGGAAUAUGGAAAUACAUGAUGUCUCGAUAAAUGUAAAAAUGGACACCCAUAAUAUGCACGAAGCGCCUGUAAUACAUGACGCGAACAUUGCACACGUUAAAAUGGACUCACAUUUACACGAACUGCCUGUAUCGCACAUACAGAUACCGUUAUCCCAACCAGCGCCUAUGGCUCAGCCAGUGGACCAAAACAUACCGCAAAAUCCUGAUCAAACAACAUCGGAGGACCUUUUGAAACCUCGAAUCGAGAAGAAGAAGAAGGAAGCAAUUGAUGGACAAGCUAGAGAAAUAAUUUACAAAGUGAUUAAAUUCUUUGAAAGUGAAAAACAAAACAGAGGUUACGCGUUUCCUGUUGAGAACGUCGUAAAACGCGCUUGUGCAGCGACAGGAUUGUCAGAGAGUACGAUAAAACGCAUAAAGAGGGAAGGACUACGCGCUGAAGCUACUCAUACGAAAAUGGCCGGUCCUAAAAAGAAAAGAGUUCGCAAAACAAAGGUACAAUUAGAUUAUUUCCAACUGUGUGCACUAAGAGGCAUAGUUAACAGUUAUUCGAUGCGUAAAGAAGUUCCUACAUUAGGUAAAAUACUGGCCGCUGCUAAACAUGAACUUAAUUAUCGUGGUGGUAAAGAAUCGUUGCGGUUAAUAUUAUUAAAUAAACUAGGUAUUAAGUUCAAGAAAUGCGAGAAGAAAAACAAAAAACCGCCCGAACAAAAUCAACAGCCCGUACAGCAAAUGCCAAAUGUUAUGGCACAUUUGCCGAUGCAACAAAUGAAACCUGAGAGUCAGUGUAUCUACACAAAUAUGAUGCCGCAGGUACCGCCUGUCUCCUACUAAGAUUGAUCUAGAUUAUAAUACUGUAAAUAUAUUAUAAGGAUGAAUGAAGGUAUAUAGACUCGGAAUAUAUUUUACAGAUUUAAAACAUAAUUUUGAAACUCAAUUUGACAAAAGCAUUCACGGUGGUCACAAUAUCUUUAUAAUAAUUUAACAAAUGUGAUAGAUCGAUCAUAAUUCUACUAAAAUGUACAUAAUAAUUUUAUGACAAUAAGAUUUUUCAUGAACGGAAAUAAAUAUAUGUCAUACAUAAAGUAACACUGUCUGGCUCGAAAAGCUUCCUCUCCCUUUGUGGAGAAGGUUAGGAGCUAAUUCCACCACGCUGCUCCAAAUCAUGUUGGUGGAUACACAUGUGGCAGAAUUUCAUUGAAAUUAGACACAUACAGGUUUCCUUCUAAUAUUUUUCUUCACUACCAAGCUCAUGAAUUAGUAACAGAAUUUUAGCACAUGGAUAUCAGUGGUACUUGACUUGAUUUGAACCCGUAAUCAUUGGUAUAGACUGGUUUUUAAAUUUAUUUAUUCUACAUUAUAUAGAUAUAAUAUUUAAUUAUCACAACCAAUGUAUGGAAAUUGAUGUAGGGUCAUGAUGACCUUGGAUUAUAUACAAUCAGACUUAUUAUUUACAAUUAUGAACAAGUCCACUGAGUUUGCCCGAUCUUAACUUGUAUCUAUGUACUGGGUGAUGAAAGAAUAAGAUCUACGUGUGUCGAAAGAAUUUCUACGACAUCCAUUAGACCAUUCCUUAAGAAGUGUUAUUUUGGAAAUAUCCAAUGAUAUUUAGAAUGAAGUUCUUUUACACAGCUUACAGUCGAGUUAACGGGCAGACCCUACCCUCUUUCUUUUUCUCAAUUUCUUUAUAUUAUAAACAGCUUAAUAUAAUAUUAUUUAAACUCAACUUUUUUAAAUAUUAAUUCACGCAGAAUUUUUGUAACAAUUUCAUUUCUUGACAUCGAAUUAUUGUCAAGUGUGUCAUUAAUUUCUGAAAUUAUCUCAUUUAAUACAUAAUAGAUAGCAAAAAGAAUUUUGUUGAUGGAAGCUGUGAUCUCGACCAUAGAGUCAUCUCUAUCAAGUCUUCUCCAUUGCAUGCGAUGUUGGUGAAACAAUCUGUAUCCUCUUAUAAAGAAAUUUGUUCCAAUGACGUUUACCGUGACACCACUCUUUUUUUUAAAUAAUAUUUUAUUUUUGCCAAUUUAAAGUAAUAUAAUUUACAUAUUUAUAGUCAAAAUUAAAACUAGCACUGAUUCGGAAAAGCAAUAACCCAGCCAUAUGAAACUCGUAAAAUUAUUAUAAUUAAUGAACUAUGAGGGUGUAAAUGAAUUGAAAAAUUUUUUUAGUUAUUUAUUACUGCAACAUUUUUUACUAUUUAUGAGUUUAUUAAAACAUUAUCAAUGGAUAAUUGGAAAUGAUCUGGAAUUGUUUUCCACGAAGGGGUUAUGGUAUUCGAAUCAAAUUGAAGCGAUUCAAUCACCUUUAUACUGUUAUAUUUUGGUCGCCCGACAUAUCACAGACUUGUCGUUUCUAUACAUUUUUGGUGUUUCCUUUAGUCUAUUCCAAUGGCAGGAGGUGUUAGACAGAUUGACCUUGAAUUGACGUUACGUCAUUGGUCGAGAUUUAAGUAAUCUGUGGUGUUCAUUGCGAAUUUUAAGUGAAUGUCGGAAUAGCGACGGAGUUGUUAUCCGAACUUUGGAAGUAAAAUUAAAGUGGAUAUAGGUAUUAAAGCGGAAUAGUGUUUUAUUAUAAAUAAAUAUAUUACUCAAGAACUGUUUGUACUGUAUAAUGUAGCAGAGCUAUUUAGAGUCAGUAAUCCUGCCGUUGGAAUAAGUUAUACGAAUUGAUAAUCACGUCUAGUCUCGACAAUGGAGUUACUACCAUUUAUUAUACUCGAAUCAAUUAAAAAAUAUAAUAUACGCUCUGUGGUAUUUUUUUUUUUUUAAUCCUUGUUUUUUUUCGUGUACAAUCUGUCUGAAUGGUUUUGAAUCUAAUGUCAUUAUAUUAAUGAUUAGUUAUAAUGUGUAAUUAUA